AUGGCAUCCAAAACGCAACAUCAAUGCCCUCAUUGCGAUAAGAGCUACCAACGGAAGCAGCAACUGAACAGUCAUAUCGAUGGCCACUUCGAUGCAAAGAGCUACAGAUGCAGGUAUCCCGACUGCGGCAAGCUCUUCACCUGGAAGGAUGACUGUAAAGCCCACGAAAGUGAGGUCCAUCUCGGGACCUCUCGAGUCCGUUGCUCCUAUUGCGAGGUGCUCUACAAAUCCAAGCGCUCUUUCUGUCGACAUUUGAGGCAGGAAAAUGGUAGGCUGUGUCGCUUUCUUAACGCCCGACCGGUCUCAGUGCCGCUCGAGCCCCACAACCCAUUGAGGAUGCCUCAUACACAGGCUGUAGUCACUACAGCAUCACUGCCUCAGCAUGUUAGGCUGCCCGCCUCACCUUCCCGGCUCGCAAAACUUGGCGAUGCGAUGGAUCCCGAUGACCCUACUGAGGACCAUUGCGAUGAGGAGAUUAUAUUGACCUCUACUGCUCAAUCCCAACGAAGCCACCAACAGUCGUACUUUGUAACAGGUACCAAUUACGACGCCUUCGUCUUAGCGCAGCGGCGGUCAAACAACGAUCCUUCCAUUUGCAUGCUCCUGAGUCACGAAUCGACUGUCAAUGCCCUCGAUGUGCUGUGGCAAGUUAUUUUGACAUUCGAUGCUGUCCACACGCUCGCUCGAGAGACAAUAAGACAGCAACGACGUCAAGGGCGACUUUAUGAAUGCCAUGAAAUUGGAAGCAACCACGAUAUGGGUAUCCUUGGUCAGGACGAGGAUGAAAGCAAUGGAGACGAUGGAGAAGACACUGGGAGUGACAACGAUGAAGACAGUGCCGACGGCAAUGCUUACAACACGGAUGACGAUGAACUUGAAAUCGUAGCCGACCUGGCCUUGGGCUUUCUUGCUCAGACACCUUUGCUUUCCAGAAUGUACCACUUCUUUCUCAGAGCCGUUCGCAAAGUCCUCGUGGAAGGUUGCCCAAAUGGUUCGUCUCUUCUGUUCGAAAGAAAUGGUCAGAGCGUUGUAGCAGUUUCGUUUGCACUCUCUGUCAUGACCAGGAUAUCGGCUACGCUUGGAGAUUAUCAAGGUAAUAUGCACCAUUACACCUACUUCCAAGUGAUGGUUCAGCAGAUGGAACAGCGAUUUCUAGCAUCGGCAGCGAAUUCUACGGCUGUGUACGUCUAUCGAAUGUUGACUACCAUGGCAGAGCUUUACAGGCCGUGCAUUAAAUCUCAUCUCACAGCUUCCGAGUGGUCUCGCAUCGCGGAUGGUUCACAAAAGUGUUUCUCGCUCGGGGACGAGAGUGCAACAUUCGUCCAGAGUGUCGAUGAGGAGGGCUGCCUUUUUCGUAGUCAUUGGCCACGUGGACAAGCUGUACAGCUAGGAGAUCUUGUGUUACCCGCAGAAAUGCACCCAUGCCAUCCAGGCAACGAACGCGACUCAACCCACGGAGCCAUCUCACCCAGCGAACGCAUCGCUGAAGAAUCUGUGGGUGACCAGUUCUGCAGCAGAACCCCCACAAGCACCACAGGAUGCCAGCCCACCACAUGCCACUACCGGUAG